GUGCACGCGGCCGGCCGGCAGAGCACCUGGAGCAGCGCGAGUUAAAGUUACCGAAAAAGCGGAGGAGCCGUGCAAAAGCCAGACUCCGCUGCCCCGUUACCCCCGGAGGUGUGGACACUAAUGAUCUAAUCAGAGGGUCGAUCCGAGGGGAAUCCGACCCCAGUGGAGCGGGAGAGGAAGAUGAUGGAGCUCAGAAAUGUGCGGUUACUCCUUCCUGGCCUUUUGCUCUUCGUCGCGCUGCAUCGCUGUUCGUCACGACCAUGUUUAGAUCCAAUUAUUUCAUCACUCUAUGCCUCCUCAUUCUGGGCUUCAUCCAGAUACAAUUUUCUCUACUCUGCUCAUUUUUCCAAACUCCAUGGGAGUAGUGGCUGGUCGCCGGCCCCCGGAGACACACAGCCAUGGCUGCAAGUCAAUCUGGGUAGAAAGUAUCGGAUCGUCGCUAUUGCCACACAGGGUACCUUCAACUCUUACGACUGGGUGACGAAGUACACGCUCCUCUAUGGGGACCGUUUUGAUGCUUGGACACCUUACAUCAUGAAAGGAGGCAACAUGACAUUGCCUGGAAAUUGGAACUAUUACCAGGUGAAGAGGAAUGUCUUUCACUAUGCCUUUACUGCGAAACACCUGCGCCUUCUGCCAAUGGGCUGGAACACGGAAAAUGGUGGAAAGAUUGGUGUUCGGCUCGAGGUCUAUGGCUGUCCUUAUGACUCAUACGUGAUGCAUUUUGAGGGGGAUGACAUGGUGGCAUACUCAUUUCCUGGUGGAACACUGAGAACCUUGCAGGACCACUAUGCUUUAAACUUUAAGACGCUGGAGAAAGAUGGUGUGUUGCUGUACAGUGAAGGCAUCCAGGGAGACAUGAUCAUGCUAGAGCUGAAGACUGGACGACUCUACCUGCACAUAUCCCUGGGAAGCAGUACAGUUCAUAACAUAAACGGCAUGACCACAGUGAGGCUGGGGAAUCUACUGGACACACAGCACUGGCACUAUGUCACUAUCAAACGGUAUGGCCAAGACCUCAACUUCACGCUAGACAGCCAGACUGAGCGUGUCACCCUCAAUGGCGAGUUUGACUACAUGGACCUGGACAAACAGAUAUAUGUAGGUGGUGUGAUUGAAAAAGACUCACCUCACCUCCCAGGUAAAGUUAACUUCCGUGGUUGCUUAGAGAACGUCUUCAUCAAUGGAAUCAAUGUCAUUUACAAGACCCAGUACCAAGAUCCUGAUGUACGGUUUGCUCCCAAAAAGAAAAAGAUGCACUACACGUGCCGUGACCUUCUUUGGAGACCCAUGACCUUUGCAGGACCCAACAACUACCUCCAGGUGCCUGGGUUCUUUAGAAAGAGCCGAUUGGCAGUGAAGUUCAAGUUCCGGUCUUGGGACUACACAGGAUUGCUAAUGUUUACCAGGUUUGCUGAUGAUCUGGGAUCUCUGGAGCUUGGAUUGAGUGAGGGACAAGUUAACAUCACGCUCACACAACCAGGGAACAAAAGACUCCGCUUUGCUGCAGGAUAUCGUUUAAAUGACGGUUUCUGGCACACGGUGGAUCUGGCAGCCAGAGACAACUUGCUGUCAGUCACCAUUGACGAGGAUGAGAGCUCUCCACUGAAGAUCACUAACCCGUUUAUGGUUCGCACUGGACAUACCUACUUCUUCGGAGGCUGUCCUAAAACCAACAAUACGGAACGCUGUGUGACCAAGCUGGCGCGCUUCCAUGGGUGUAUGCAGCAGAUCUUUAUUGAUGAUGAGCCUGUGGACAUCGACGUGAUGCUGCAGAGGAAAUGGGGCCGGUACACAGAGCUGCUGCUGGGGACGUGCGGUAUCACUGACAGGUGCUCUCCAAACCCGUGCGAACACGAAGGCAGGUGCAUCCAGUCCUGGAAUGACUUCCUGUGCGUCUGCAACAACACCGGGUACAAAGGGGAAGUGUGCCAUAACUCCGUCUACAGGGAGUCGUGUGAAGCCUACAGACUGAACGGAAAAUACUGGUCCGGAAACUACACCAUCGACCCGGACCUGAGUGGCCCGCUCAAGCCUUUCACUGUCUAUUGCAAGAUGAAGAUGAACAAAGCCUGGACCAUCAUUGAGCACAACCGUCUCGAGAGGACCAAAGUGACCGGCUCCAGCUUGGAUCGGCCUUAUAUAGGAGACCUCCAGUACGUGAACGCCUCGUGGGACGAGGUCACCGCUUUAGCCAACACAUCACUGUAUUGUGAACAGUGGAUCGAGUUCUCGUGCUACAAGUCCCGCCUUCUAAACACUCCAAAUGGAAGGCCUUAUAGUUUUUGGAUUGGUCGACAUAACCAGAGUCAUGACUACUGGGGCGGGUCUUUCCCUGAGAGUGCCAAAUGCGGCUGUGCCAUCAAUCAAACCUGCACCGACUCCAAGUUCUGGUGUAACUGCGAUGCAGAUUAUCGCCAAUGGUAUUCAGAUAAAGGUUACCUGAUGUUCCGGGACCAUCUGCCUGUCAGGAGGGUUGUAGUCGGAGACACAAUCCGCCCAGGCUCAGAGGCUCAAUUCAGUGUCGGAGCACUGCGCUGUUCUGGAGACAGAAGUAUCUGGAAUACGGUAGCCAUUACCAAGCCCACCUAUAUGACCUUCCCAACUUUUAAACCCGGCAACAGUGCUGACAUCACCUUCCACUUCAGGACCUACCGCACCAAUGGGGUCUUCAUAGAAAACUCUGAUGACCAUCUGCGCAAUUUCAUCAGGAUCGAGCUGAACUCCACUACUGAGGUGGUGUUCAUCUUCAUGGUGGGUGACGGGAUUAGGAACGUGACCCUGCGCACUACCAAACCCCUCAAUGAUAACGAAUGGCACUAUGUGGAGGCUGAGAUCAAUGUCAAAAUGGCACGGCUCAAAGUGGAUUUCUAUCCUCCAGCUAUCCAUAAGUUCCCCGGGCAAACCUUCAUCACCAUGAAGUUCACUCAACCCCUGCUUGUAGGUGCUGCAAAUCACACUCUAAGACCCUUCUUGGGUUGCUUGCGUGGCCUGCGAAUGAAUGGCGUCCCUGUGGAUCUGGAGGGGAAGGUAGACGAGCGCACUGGGAUCCGGAGGAACUGCACUGGAGCAUGUCUUAAUGCCUCCAUCCCCUGCCGGAACGGAGGGCAGUGCAUCGACGGCUACGCCUCGUACUCGUGCGACUGCAACAACACAGCCUUCGACGGUUAUUACUGCCAUUUAGAUAUAGGAGCGUUCUUCGACGUGGGUGCUUGGCUGCGCUACGACAUCCGGAAAGAGCCCAUUUCGGAGGAUGCCUGGUGGGCAAACUUCUGGAUUGAGCCGCACUGGCACAACUUCACGCUGGGCUACAACACAACCACAGAUGACAUCGAGUUCAGCUUCAGCACCCAGCAGGCUCCAGCUGUGCUGCUCUACAUUAGCUCCUUCCACAAAGACUACAUCGCUGUGCUGCUCAAGAAAGACGGUACUCUCUCCCUGAGGUAUCGACUGGGUUUAUUAACGCAUAAAUUUCAGUUGACUACCAGGAACCUGGCUGAUGGCUUCCCUCACUUUGUCAACAUCACCAGACAUAACUACACCGUAUGGACCCAGGUGGAUUACAUGGAGCCGUGGGUGGAGAGAUUAACCCCUGGGGAGAUUCCCAGAUUUGACUCACCAAAAAGUAUCUUUCUUGGCCGCGUCAUGGAGGUUGGCGAUAUCGAUUACGAUGUACAGAGACACAACAGUCCGGGUUUGGUGGGCUGCAUAUCAGGGGUCCGUUAUAACAUAUUUGCACCACUGAAGGCGUAUUUCCGACCCAACGUCACCAACCCACCCGUCACCACCCAGGGCUACGUGGUGGAGUCUAACUGUGGUGCAUUCCCUCCAGCCCUAGGCUACGUGCCCUGGGAGGAUGACCCCUGGUUCACUGGACUAUUCUUCGAUUAUAUUCAUGAUGAUGUGACUCCACCCUGGAUGACGUUGAUUGUCACCGUGUCACUGAUGCUGCUCUUCCUCAUGCUGUACGGCAUGUACAUCUACCUGUACAGAUAUAAAGGCAGCUAUCACACGAACGAGCCGAAAAACCUGGAGUCGCCCAGUUCUGCUCGUCCUCUCACCGAAACCCUGCGCAAGGAGAAGAAGAACCUUCCGGAAAUCCAGGAGGAGGCGACGGGUGACUAACGCCUCGAUAGAAACAGGAUCCGGGGGAACUGGGUGGUGGGGUGGGGGGUUAGAAGGAGGGGUGGGACACAUGGUAGGGAACAGGAAAGGAUGGAUGAAACGGGUUAAGUUCCGAUUCUAGAACACGCCUAUAUUUAUUCUUUAUACUUUUUAUUUAUAUCGUGUAUUUGUCUCCUUUUUUUUUUUUUCUUUGCCCCUGGUGUCCAUUGGUGGUAAUCGGGUGUUAAUCUGACAUCUGGUGCUUUUUGGCUAAACGUUUGCAGGGUUCAGAUCCGUAUCCCGUAAUGCAAAGCUGUGGCCAAAUGAAGUGCCUCAGGAAUCCGUAAGAUUUAGAAAGAACCAACAGGAUUGUGUGUGUCAACAGUGCUGUAUUUAAGAAAUCCGGUUUUCUUAAAAAAAUAAAAAUAAAAAGAUUCGAGAUACAUGAAAUGCACAAAAAAGAAAACAAAGAAAAAAAAAUCACUUGGCAUUUUACUAAUGUACAUGUUUACAAAGAUUGUAUCUAUUUCUGGUAAACUAUAUAUAUAGUAUAUAUAUAUAUAUAGUUGCUUGCAAAGAUUUGUGCACCCCUAGUCAAAUUCCACUCACAGUGUUGAUUUUUGAAGUGAAAAAAAAAAACCCAUGAAAAAUAUUUUUUUAUAAUUAGGUAUAUAUACUGUAUAUAUUAGUGCACAGUUAUUUUAUAUUUAGUAAACGUUAAUGGUUUUUUUUUAUCAACGUUUGGCUUUAGAUAUUAUUUUUUGCAUAUAUCAGAUUUUCCCUUUAUUGUAACGAGAGUCUGAUGACUCUUCCAUGCAGAUCAUUCGUUUUUUGUUUUUUUUGCAUUGUUACAUUUUCCAGAUGUUCACUUCAGAAAUCCUUAAUUAGUGUGUAAUUUAGCCAGAGGUGUCCAAUCUUUGCGUGCAACUCUAUGGCUUUCAGCAGACAUAUUUGAAAUAUUCAUAUAAGCUGAUGGGUUAGAAAUCUAUAUUUGUUAUAUUACUGCCUUCAUCAGUGAGUAGUGCUUGCAUAUACCUGCAGGAUCGUAUAGACACUCUUCCAGCUUUCUUCAGUGUGCUUAGCACUCGCGGUCACUGUAAUUGGAUGAAUUGUAUUUAGAAUGAAAGGGAAACUAGUAAUAUAGCAUAAAUAUAUGUUCACAUACCGGUCACUGAUUAAUAAUAAUAGAUUUUUAAAAAAAUAUAUAUAUGGAGAAGAGCCAUAGUGAGUUUUGGUCAUGCCCGUAUUAAUGCUAAAUGUUAUCUUCAAGGUCUUCCCAAUUUUCAAACUUUUAAAAUCCCGCCCUGUGAAAUGAGUACGAGAAAACUGUUCUGUGUUAUACGUCGGUACGCCUUGACUCAGGGUUGAAAGGUUCCUCUUGCUGCUUCCACUCGAAGGUAUCAUACAAGUCAAGUCUAAAAGUCUCUCUCCACCAACAAGAGCUCGCUUAUGAUUUGGUGUUCCAGUCUUCCAUCCAUUUUCUAUACCCGCUUUAUUCCUAAUUAGGGUCAGGGGGAUCUGCUGGAAUCUAUCCCAGCACACAUUGGGCGAAAGGCAGGGGUACACCCUGGACAGGUCACCAGUCCAUCACAGGGCCACAGAUAUAGACAGACCACCACACACACUCACACUCACUCCUGUGGGCAAUUUAGAAUUACCAAUCACUGUGGGACUGUGGGAAGAAACCGGAGUACCCUGAUUUGGUGUUUUACUUGAUUAAUCCGUUUUAUUAUUUUAAGAAUGCAUUAUUUAAUGAUAUUUUAGCUGUGGUAUGCAUCGUUUUCGCUUAUUGUAUACAGUGCAAAAGUUUGUACUCCCCCUUCCCCCACCAGGCACCAAGUCCCCUGUCCGUUACAGGGUGCUAACACUGGCGACUCCUUCCAUGACUUAAAAAUAGCACAAAUUAUUACCAUAGCUUUUGUUGUUGAAAAUGAAUCGCUUGAUGAAUUCCACAUCCUUCACCGUGUCGUCUCAGGGACCGGCCACUGUCACUUGCUCUUUUUAGGGAUCAUCCAGAUAUCUGGAAUGCUGCUUUGUGGAACGGUUUGUUGUUGUACGUGCAAUAGAAAUCAAAUAAAGCCCGUGACCUGCUGAGUUUAUAGUCUGGGUUUGAGAGAAAUCGGCUCCGUCCUCGCUUCUCACGUCGUCUUGAGGUUCUGUAUCUUUUUUGAAUAAAUAACCCAUUUAAGACAUUUACCUGUCAACUGUAUAAAAAAACAAAACGAAUGUUGCUGUAUUAUCUUUGAGUGAUUGCAGGGCUUUUUUAAAAUAAAAAAAAUAUUAAUUAAAUAAAAUUAAAUUCAAGUAAAUUCAAUUAAAUUAUUUAUUUAAUUUUUAGUUUCAGCCACUCCUGAUUACACGAUUCUCUCAUUUAAAAUAUUAUCCCUCGAUCCUUGUUCUCAUAACGGAACAGACUUUUGGACUCGACUGUAAGCUUUGACAUUGAACACUGAGCAUUUUCAAUCUUCUGAAGCUCAUAUUCUCCAAAGCAAAACUUCCAAAUCUCCCACAACACGAGUGGAAGGGCUGAGAGGAAAUACUUCUGAUUAGUCGCUGAUGUCUUUGUGCGUUUUUGUGUGUUUGGAGCCGAGCUCAAGCUGGAACCUGAUAUGCAUAUGCGAUUAAGCAAUUGUUAUAGAACUCUACCUACACACACACACACACACACACACUAGUUUGUCCAGUUAUCCAUGGUUUCAAAUCGAAAUGUAAUUUCCUCUCACUGCUGUUUUUGCUGAAGCUCUCAAGAAGUGUAAUGCUUUUAAAAAUCUAUGUAGUUUAUCAUCAUAUCGGUCAUUUCUUUUAAAGUAAGCUUUUUUUUUCCCCCAUAAAAUAUGUAAAUGAAGUAGAAUGAUGGUCAGUUUUUAACGAAAACUCCAUCCUGAACGAUUUGCACAUUAUUCUUGAUAAUUAACGUGAGCUUUCCGUGGCGGUUUAUUGAUUUAUUGUGAUGAAAUUUUAAUCUUUCAUAGACCCGUUGGUCUGUUUUUAUUUUCGUUCAACAGUUGAAUGAUGCAGCGGCACUUUAGUGCUUCAGUCUGUCCCGCUUGCUCAUGUAAUUAUCUGUACACUCUGCUCAAAAAGCAAUCGAAAACCAAAACUUUCAUAUUAACACUACCACCACCACCAUCAUCAUCAUCAUCAUCAUCAUCAUCAUCGAUCAGUACCUAGCUGUAACUCAGCAUUGCACUGCAUUCUGGGACUUUGAGUCCAACAUUGGCACCAUCAUCUCCACUGUCUUCUAUAGUUCUAUAGAUUUCUCAUUAAUACAGUUGAUUUGAGACAAGUCAUCUUUUAUAUCAGCGCCAGAAUCCAAUCACAAAUACAUGAAUGUAAACCUACUUAAUGUUUCCCGAUGGAGUUUUCCUUUAAUCUGAGAACUACAGUUUUUCCUUUAGCCUUGAAUUCGGCUCACGAUUUCUUACUACAGAACAUAGAAACGUUUCUCCAUCCAGAAUAAGAAUCACGGCUGAUAUGAUAAAGUGAAUCAGCCAACAUUAGGACCAAACAGGGUGCUUUAAUAAAGAUACAAAGUGAAAUAUCUUAAAGUUGAAAUCACAUGAUUUUAGAUCAAUAAAUAUUAAUAUUAAGCCAUCAAAUUUCUUUCUCGUUCAGUCCACGUGAUUAUUAAAUACACCUUCCUUUUUAACCCAGUGAUUUUUCAGAAUAUGUUUUACAACAAUUAAGAUCAUUAGAUAAAAUUUACUCAACAAAAAAUUCAAGAAAAAUGCAGAAACCAUUAGCCCAAUGUUCAAAUUUGUUCACAUCCAGUUUGAUAAAUGAAGUCACUGGGUGGCUUGUAAAUAAGAUUGAGGCCAAAAAUUCCUGUACAAUGAUUUUAAAAGUCUUAUAAGCCAAUUUAGAGUUUGUUUUUAUCAAAUUACUGUAUUAUUUUGUUGUUUGUUAGCUGAUCUAAAGGUCUGAAGCACCUGAUGAUCUUUUCUUCUAUAGAUCCUGCUAUACAGAACCACAGAAUUGAGGGUGUACUUUCUUUUGCACAUGCCUGUAUAUUUUAUUUCCUCAGUUAAUAAGCCAGUAUUUGAGGUGCUUCAAGCCAGGACAGAGGUAUUAACAGUGUUUAGAUGUUCAGUUUUUGGUUCUUCUUGUGGUCGUCAGAGUUUCUGUAUGAAAAAUAGAGUAAAUAAAUAACUAAGUCUACAUGUAGGUUUGUAAUCAGUUGAGCUGAUCCACGGUCAUUACUGCUGCUACCGCUGCUGCUUCCUUACGACGAUCCCGUUUAGAUUUAGACGAUCGCCACUAACACCAUCGCCAUCCAAAUCCUCUGCCGAGGUCUCGCUAGAAACAGUGCUUUAAGAUUAAAAAAAACAAAAAACAAAAACCCGAAGUAGAACAGCUAUGCAUUCUGCAUGACGGCACUUUUUAUCAUUAUUAUUAAUAAAACGCAAUAAAAAAAAAAAGCAAUCCAAAAAAAAAAGAAGCUUCCAGUGCUAGAGCUAGUGUCAUCGCCGACGUAGCGAUAAUACACGAUAUACACACACACAUGUAUGUACAUUUUUUAUCCAUGUGAUUUGUAUUAAAACAGGCAAGCCAAACUAUUUUGAUUAGUAUGCGUGUGUAGAGCGAAUAGUGAAUAGAAGGCCAUGCGUCAGUGUUUCGUCCACGUUUCUGGUCAUCCUCACUUUCGCCCAUUCGGGAUGAAACGACUGCCAAAUGAAGUGCAUAAAUGUGAGCAUGUGAGCUUUUUCUGGAAUUGUAAAUGUAUGAUAGUUUGAGUAAAGUGCAUUGAAAACAUUGUAAAGUGGAACCUCAGCAUACGAAUGCCCUCUCAUGAAUUUUCACCUUAAGAAUUGAAAUUUUGCAAGAAAUUUGCGUCGGCUUACGAAGCAUUUUCGGCAUGCGAAAUUAAACAAACCGAAUGCGCGCUUACGUCCGGGAGCUGUUCAAAACUUGUUAGCUUCAGUGGAAAGCCAAGCGAAGCCAUCCAAAGUGAGUUAACGAAUGUUUUUUUCGUGGCACGACUUCCUGUGAGGAGCCUUGACAUGGAAUGCUUGGCUUGGGUCAGUUCUUUGUAAGCAGAUAUACAGUUUCCAUACGCUUCGUAUUGGGAAUAUUGCUCAUAUUUUUGGGCGGCUGGAACGGAUUAUCUGCAUUUACAUUAUUUCUUAUGGAAAAUUUCACAGUACGAAUUUUCACCUUAAGAACUCGCCUCCAGAACAAAUUAAAUUCACAUGCCGAGGUUCCUUUGUAAUGAAUAAAUCUAGACUUUUCUGCAAUACUCAAACCUGGGUCCAACCACCACAGAGGAAGCGUUCACAGUCUGAAACAGAACACAGUUUGUUUCAGUGUGAUACCGAACCCGAGUCUACCUGUAGGAGGUGGUGUGAGUUCAGGUUGUGCUGGAACUGAUUCCCGUGAAGGUGAACGUCAACCCUCGAGAAUUCAGGAAGUAAAGUAUCCUGUGUGUGUGUUUUAACCAAUGACAUCAUUAAUUUCUAAUGUUUCUAAAACACUCGUGAAACAUGAGACUCAAGGGAAACUUUGUGGGACACAGAAGUAACAGAUAAGACGCCUAUUAUGCAUUAUAUAAAGCACUAAAAAAAGAGAAAACAACAGAAAAUACAGCGAAAGGUAUUGCUGAUGACGAAUGGAUGCAAAUGUCAAACCAGGGUUCGAUAGAAUCGUGUGAGGCGGAAACCAGACCAGAAACCAGAGUGAAUAGUACCUGAAGCUCUUGCAUGAUUUUAUGCAUUUUGCUGCUACAUGAUUGGCUGAUGGGGGCUAAUAGUUUUGUAAAGAAAGACUGGAAACUCUUACUUAGUAAGUCUUAGGGUCAUUUAGCAGAACUAAGAAUGCUAUAUACUGCUAUUAUAUUACUAAUGUAUUUUACAUACAGUACAGGUAAGCUAGUAAACCGUGCUGGAUUUUGGACUUUGAGGACUGUACCUGGUUUCACUGGUUUUCAAUCCGGUUUUAAUAACUGUGAGCUGGGAACAAAAUGUUUUCUUGAGGUUUUCAUUUUUUUCCACUUGGCUUAUAAUGUCAUCCAAUGUGUGUAUACAGUAACACCAGUUGUGUGUGUGUGUGUGGAUCGAUCAUGUAUGGAAGGUGAAAGUUUAACACUCCUAGAUCUGUUUAUUCUCAGCUAUCAGAGGGCAGAUUUGAUCAGUAACUACAGUGUAAAAGAUUUUUUUUCCUCCCUUUGUCUUUUUGUAAUUUUUUUUCUCAUUCACUGUAAUUACCAUAACCGUAUCCGAAAGCAAAACCAAACGGACACAUCAAUAAAAGAAGCUCGAAGGAAAA